AAGAAAGGUAGUUGUCGCGUCGUCUUCUCUACUCGAUCACUCACUCGUGCUAGCUUCUGGGGUUCAAUUCAGCUCAGUGGGCAGAGAUGGAAUCAUCAGUUUUGCUGUACAACCAGCUCAAGACAGCAGAACCGUUUUUCUUAUUAGCCGGUCCAAAUGUGAUUGAAUCUGAGGAGCACAUUUUCCGAAUGGCGAAGCACAUAAAGACUAUUGCAACAAAAGUUGGAUUGCCGCUGGUGUUCAAGUCAAGCUUUGACAAAGCUAACCGUACGUCCUCAAAAUCAUUCCGAGGCCCUGGCAUGGCUGAAGGGUUAAAGAUCCUUGAGAAGGUUAAAUUAGCGUAUGACCUCCCUAUAGUUACAGAUGUACACGAGUCCAUACAGUGUGAAGAAGUUGGAAAAGUUGCUGAUAUCAUUCAGAUUCCUGCAUUUUUAUGCCGUCAGACAGAUCUUCUGGUUGCAGCAGCCAAGACCGGAAAGAUUGUCAAUAUUAAGAAGGGUCAAUUCUGUGCUCCUUCGGUCAUGGUAAAUUCUGCAGAGAAGAUUAGACUGGCAGGAAAUCCAAAUGUGAUGGUUUGUGAGAGGGGAACUAUGUUUGGUUAUAAUGAUUUAAUUGUUGACCCGCGUAAUUUGGAGUGGAUCAGAGAAGCUAACUGUCCUGUUGUUGCUGAUGUUACACAUGCAUUGCAACAGCCUGCUGGGAGAAAGUUGGAUGACGGAGGUGUUGCCAGUGGUGGUCUUCGUGAAUUGAUACCAUGCAUUGCAAGGACAGCGGUUGCUGUUGGAGUGGAUGGAAUUUUCAUGGAGGUACAUGAUGAUCCUUCUAAUGCGCCAGUUGAUGGUCCAACCCAGUGGCCAUUGCGCCAUUUGGAGGAACUUCUGGUAGAGCUUAUUGCAAUUGCUAGGGUAAGCAAGGGAAAGCAAAUAUUCAACAUUGAUCUCUCACCCUAUCGUGAAUAGAGGACCAGUGCUACUUUGAUGGUGCUAUAUGUGUUUAAGUGCUCUAUUUGAAGGAUACUGCUAGCACUUUGAAGCAUGCAGACACGAUCACAUGAAUGCAAGAUGGUGCGGAAAUUUGGUUUUUAGCUCAUCUAUUAUCAUAGUAUCCUCGAACUCUUCAGUAGAAUAGCUUUGUUCUAAAAUAUUACCUUGAUCCAAAGAAAGAAUUCAUUUUGUGUUUCUCAUUGUAUUUGUAUACUGUACUUGUAACUUAAAUAAGUUCAAGCUCUUGGGUGUA